AGUUUGCCAUAUUCCUCUUUCUUUCUUCAAUCAAGGGAGAGCUCUGUACUGUAAUUUUUGUUCAUAUUCUUUUCCGAAGCAGGAUCAAUUUUGACCUGUUUUCAUAACCGUUGGAGCUUCUCUGCACCGUCUCAUUUGAUUCUAGAACUAGAAAAGGCUUCUAGCGUGUGUCUUCAUACAAUCCUUCAGCUUUACAUCCGAACCUGUUUGCGCAACCAACAAACAAGAUCUUGUUGCAACCCGCCAAUAAUCCGGCCUGCAGGCGCCCUGACCCCCUCACCAUCCUAACUUAGUCGUCCAUUGAGUUUUCGGCCCUGAGCCCUCCGGACGACAAUAUGGCGCCCCCGAAAUAUAUCGACGACGAAUCCUUUGUCAAGUGGACGUCGGAGCAGCCGCCUCCCGGCGCUCCCUACGCCCUCCCCGUGCCCAACACCCAGCGCCCGAAUCGGACUCCAGUGUAUCGUCACUGGAAGCUGACCGAUGGCCCCCUGAUUUCGAGGUUUUCCGACAAGAUCCGGACGAUGCAUGAGGUGUUUGAGGAAUCGGCCAAGAAGCACGCGAACAAGAAAUUCCUCGGCUGGCGGGCCUGGAACCCCGAGAAGAGGGCUCACGAGCCCAAGUACACAUACAUGACCUACGCCGAAGGUGCCGAGCGACGGAAGAACAUCGGCGCCGGAGUAGUAGAGCUGCACAAGCGGAUUGGCGUCACGGCUGACAAGUAUGGUGUUGGACUCUGGGCCCCCAACUGCCCCCAGUGGCAGCUGUUUGACCUUGGCUGUAUCUCCCAGUCUCUUUGGUCGGUCUCCUUGUACGAGACUCUGGGACCUGAGACCUCGGAAUACAUCAUCAACCACAGCGAGCUUGUCUGCGUUGCCAGCUCGCUGCCUCACAUCCCGCAGUUGAUCAAGCUUGCGGCGAGAACCCCAGGCCUCAAGAUGAUCAUCUCUCUGGACCCCCUCGAUAAUGGUGAGCCUGCCAGCAACACCAAGCUUGCUCUGCUCAACCAAAUGGCCGCCGAUGCAGGCAUCCAAAUCUUCUCUCUGGAACAGGUUGAGGCCAUUGGUGCGCAGUCCGGGAGGCCUAUGCGCCCUCCCCACGAGGACGACAUCAUCACCAUCAACUACACCUCCGGUACCACCGGAAACCCCAAGGGAGUCGUGCUAAAGCACAGCCACGGUGUCGCCGCCAUCUAUGCUGCUAUAUCCAUGGGUCAGUUCCGAAACGGUGACCACCACAUUUCCUACUUGCCUCUGGCCCACAUAUACGGCCGCAUGCAGGACCAGCUUAGUUUCGCCAUUGGCGGUACGACAAGCUUCUUCCGUGGCGAUGUCCUGGGUCUCGUCGAGGAUCUCAAGCUCGUGAGACCCAACUACUUCUGCUCGGUUCCCAGGCUGUACAACCGCUUUGCCCAGUCUAUUCGUAUUGCCACAACCGAGUCCCAGGGCUUCAAGGGAUCCAUGGCGCGCCACAUUGUUGACGCCAAGAAGGCGAGCAUGAAGCUGCCGCCAGGCCAGGCAACCAACAAGCAGUGGUUUUACGACAGGAUCUGGUCACCCAAGGUGCGCCAGGCCGUCGGUUUGGACCGCGCGCGCUUCAUGAUCAGUGGCAGCGCUCAGCUCGACCCGGAUGUCCAGGAGUUCCUCCGCGCCGCCUUCGCCAACGACUUCUUCCAGGGCUUUGGCAUGACUGAGACCUACGGAAACGGCACUGUCCAGCAGCCUGGUGAUCUGACCCUCGGCAUACUCGGCGGACCGUGUGUUGCCAUGGAGUACUGCGUGGAGUCCGUCCCGGACCUCGAGUACACUAUUGACGACAAGCAGGGCCCGCGCGGCGAGCUGUUGGUUCGCGGACCGACCGUCUUUAGCGAGUACUACAAGAACCCCGAGGAGACGGCUAAGACGGUUGAGGCUGAUGGCUGGUUCCACACGGGCGACAUCGUCCAAGUCGACAAGCUCGGGCGCAUCCAGAUUAUCGACCGCAAGAAGAACGUUCUCAAGCUGGCCCAGGGUGAAUAUAUCUCGCCUGAGCGCCUCGAGAAUGUGUACAUGGGUAGCUCGAACCUGAUUGCGACUGCCUUUGUCCAUGGCGAUGGUAAGGAGUCGACCCUCGUGGCCGUCUUUGGCGUUGACCCUGAGCACUUUGCUCCGUUCGCGUCCAAGAUUAUGGGCAAGACCAUCGCGCCUACAGACGCGGAGGGCAUCAAGCAGGCGUGCGGCGACGCAAAAGUCAUGAAGCAGUUUAUGAAGCACAUUGACGAGAUUGGGCGGUCCCACAAGUUCAACAGCUACGAGAAGGUCAAGGCUGCUCACCUAGCCCUGGAUCCCUUUAGCGUCGAAAACGGCAUAUUUACACCUACGCUUAAGCUCAAGCGUCCGCAAGCAGCCCGGGCUUUCAGGAGCGAAAUCGAUCGCAUGUACGCCGAGAUCAACUCUCAACCGGUGGCCAAGGCCAAGCUAUAGAGAAGUGGCGUUGGCGUCAUGAUUGGGGGUGUUAGUGGCUCAUGGACAUGCUUAGACCAUCGAUAUCGUUACUGUGAGGUUAUAUACAACAUAUAUUCUCUUCUGCGUGUAAAUAAACUUGCAGCCUUGAUACAACUGGAAUUAUAACCCCUUUUUUCCUCCGUUACGUUUGCUGGGUGUGAUACCCGUAUAAUAAGGAACCUAGAACUAGACUAGUCGUAAAUGCAGCUCAAAUUUUAGUAAAUAUCAGAUGCAAAUCUUAACAUUUAGGGAAAUAAAAAGAUUUGGC